CCCAUUAAGUUCAACUUUGCAACAAGACACACCUGCGUGCACCUGCCUCCAUCACCUCCGCCUCCAUCACCUCCGCCAGACACUCACAGUGCAACACGUACAGCUUCAUGGAUUUGUCAUCAUGAUAUUCGCCCCGUCAGCCCUCCCUUAUCUUCAGCCUUGGCCCCGCCCUCUUCUUCGCCACCUCCUGUCAGAGUUCUGGCCUAAUGGCUGCGCAGCGUCAUGGAGACGGCUGAGCACGAAGGGCCACGCCCCUCAGUCUGUGAUUGGUCAGGACUGGGCGCAGGUGUUAGGCCAGUCAUACCCGCGUGAUGACUUCACCAACGUCACUCCAAAGAUCUUGGAAAAGGUGGGCCGCAACCUCCACAACCAAUCCCAUCAUCCUCUCUGGCUGAUCAAGGAGCGCAUCAAAGCUCACUUCUACAGCUCGUACAUCGGCCGUUCGGGAAACCCCCUCUUCUCCGUCCACGACAACCUGAGUCCUGUGGUGACCACGGAGCAGAACUUUGACAGCUUGUUGAUCCCGCCCGGACACCCCAGCAGGAAACGAGGAGACAACUAUUACCUGAACAGGACGACGAUGCUUCGCGCUCACACGUCCGCCCACCAGACGGACCUGGUGAGGUCGGGGCUGGACGCCUUCCUGCUGGCCGGAGACGUUUACAGGCGGGACGAGAUCGACGCCAGCCACUACCCCGUCUUCCACCAGAUGGAGGGAGUGCGACUCUUCUCCAACCGCCAGCUGUUCUCCCGGGUGCAGAACGGUGGCGAGCUGUCUCUGUUCGAGCUAGGAGGGCGGCGGUCUCCCGAGAAGCAGGAGACGCACACUCUGGAGGCGGUGAAGCUGGUGGAGUUCGACCUCAAACGCACUCUGACACAACUCGUCUCUUACCUGUUCGGAGCAGAUCUGGAGAUCAGGUGGGUCGACUGCUACUUCCCCUUCACUCACCCGUCCUUUGAGAUGGAGGUGCGUUUCCAGGGCGACUGGAUGGAGGUGCUGGGCUGUGGCGUGAUGGAGCAGGAGCUGCUGAACUCUGCGGGGGCGGGGGACAAGCUGGGCUGGGCGUUCGGUCUGGGCCUGGAGAGGCUGGCGAUGGUCCUCUACAGCAUCCCGGAUAUCCGGCUGUUCUGGAGUCAGGACGAGCGCUUCCUCAAACAGUUCAGAGUUCAGGACAUCCACCAACCCGUCUGCUUCCAGACGCUCAGUAAGUACCCACCUCUCCAUAACGACAUCUCCUUCUGGCUGCCGAACGGCAAAGAGAGCGAGGCAGGCAGAGAGAGCUUCACAGAGAACGACUUCUACGAGCUGGUGCGCUCCAUCGGAGGAGACCUGGUGGAGAAAGUGUCUCUCGUGGACAAUUUCACACACCCAAAGUAAGAA